AUGAGAUUGUUCUCGUCUGCAAUAGCAUUGUGCAGAUACUUCUGCACCACAACCACUGGCAAAAGCACUAAAUGGUCUCAAAUAAGAGACAACAAGAGGAAUAAGAGAAAUAACCAUUCACUAGUGUUGGCUGCCAUUUCCCGUAGUGAGUCGGUAACUGGCUUUGCGGGUAGUGGUAAAAUGAGUAACCCCACAACCCCUACAAGUACCGGAAUUAAGUGGACUGACGAACAGUUACAAGUGUUGGCUGCCAUUUCCAGGGGCGAGUCGGUUUUUGUCACCGGCUCUGCAGGUACCGGUAAAACCAUUUUAGUCCAUCAUAUCAUCGAAUUGCUUGAAAAUAUCCAUGGCCCACUUCAGGUUUCUGUGACGGCGUCCACUGGUGUGGCUGCUUGUGCCCUUGAGGGGCAGACCCUUCACUCAUUUGCUGGGGUUGGGCUUGCUGCGGCCGAUUCCAGAACUUUGCUCAAUAGGGUUCUUUGUAAUGACGAGGCUUACAAGAGGUGGAAUAGAGUUAAGGCAUUGGUUAUUGAUGAAAUUAGCAUGGUCCAGGCUGAGUUUUUUGAUAAACUUGAAUACAUUGCGAGGGAGGCCAGAGAUAAACAACAUGCAUCUAAAAACAAGGUGUGGGGUGGAAUACAGCUAGUUGUGAGUGGAGAUUUCUUUCAGUUACCACCCAUUUUGGAUAAGCAGGAACUAAAGCGGGGAAAGGAAUUUGCAUUUGAGGCUGAUUGUUGGAAUUCAAGCUUUGAUGUGCAGGUGGAACUUACGAAAAUUUUUAGGCAGUCAGAUGGACAACUAAUCAAGUUGCUUCAAGGUAUAAGAAGAGGAAAGUGUGAUCCCGAAGGCUUGAAGCUCCUAAAACAAUGUAACUUGGAAACAGAGCCAGAUUCUUCUGUGGUAAGGUUCUACCCUAGGAAUAAAGAUGUGAAUAGAGUGAACGAAGAGCAAUUGGUGAGCUUGGGUGUGGACAUUGUUGAAUAUUGUGCUAUUGAUCGUGGUAAGAAUCCUUGGAAGCAGCAGCUCAAACAGGGGAUUUCACGCGAUACACUUGAAGUUUGCGAAGGGGCAAGGGUCAUGCUGUGUAAGAAUAUAGAUGUUGGGCUUAAAUUGGUGAAUGGUUCCACCGGCACAGUUGUAGGUUUCCACCCAAAAAAGGAUAAGGAUGUUACAAAAUUGUGUUGGAAAGGACUAUUGCCUGUAGUUAAUUUCGAUUCAGGGCCUGAGAUGGUGAUUUAUCCGGAGAAAUGGUUAGUGAUGGAGGGUGAAGAAGUUAGAGCCACGCGAAAGCAAAUCCCUCUCAUAUUGGCUUGGGCGGUAAGCGUUCACAAGUGUCAAGGUAUGACACUUGACAGUCUUCACACUAAUCUAUCUAGGGCUUUUGGUUUUGGGAUGGUUUAUGUUGCACUUUCUCGCGUGAGAAGCUUAGCUGGCCUUCAUGUAUCCGGUUUCAAUCCCUCAAAGGUUAAGGCGCACCCAAAGGUUUUGCAGUUUUAUCAGAGUUUCACCGGCAAGCAAGAUAAGCAAGAAGAGGAUGAUUAUCAGAGUUUUGCCGGCAAGCAAGAUGAGGAUGAUGUAGCCAUCGCUCCGGCGAUCUGA